UUGUAUUCGUUAUAAUUAUUUAUAUGACCCCUAUUAAUGCUUUUAUUACUUUACGAUUCAUAUUAAUACUCGUAAUUACUUUAAAAAUAUCAGUCUACACAAAAUGCUUAAUUUAAGGAUUUACUUAGUGAUCUUCCUACCAUCUUUAGCCUAUUCGCUCCUCACGUGCCACAGAUGCUUCGGAAAUGGAUUUUGCCAUGACCCUUCCCACACAGAUUUCCCUUUAUAUGCUCGGAACGUGACUUGUUCAGCCACAAGUCUUUCCUUGGAUGUUGGAAAUACGGACUUAUGGAGCACGGAAAUACAAAAAGCACUAAACCGAAAUUUCCAAAUAACUGCUCAAAAUUCCACAAAAACUAUUGUUACUGAGGCACGUUGUAUUACUGCUCGUGUUCAUGAACCUCAUGAUAGCCAUACAUUAAGAACUUGCGUCAUUGAAACGCGAAACGAGGAUAGCACAUCACGAAUAUGUGAAUUAAUAAAGGAGCGUAUUGAAAGUCAAAACAGAUAUAAUGGAAAUUUCAGUUGCGGCCAUUGUACCGGGAAUUUCUGUAACGUUCAUACAUUUUCCGGUAGUGAUACCGAUACUUCCGAAAAUGAUACUGACGUUCCUGGAAAUGAUGGUAAUCCCCCUAAAAAUGAUACGGAUACUUCUGGAUUCACUGUGAUUGAACCACUGGGGUUGAUAUUAAUCCUUUGCGCUAUUAUAUUGUCUUUACUGUAAUAAAAUAAGCACUUUUUAAAUAAAAAUAUCGCUUUUUAAUGCUA